UUGGUGUAUAUUUGUCUCACAGUGCUCAGAGACUCGUAGUUCCUUCUCAAACAUGGAGAAUGUGUCCAUCUCUGGCGGUGCACUGCCAGUCUGCAACGAUUCUGUAGACUUCUACUCCCUUACAUCAGAGAACGGCACUGACCUGAACUGCACUCCUCCCUCUGAGUUUUACUUCUACGCUGACCUUUACGUGAUUUUACCGGUCAUCUAUUCUGUAAUCUGCGCAGUCGGACUGACAGGAAAUACAGCUGUCAUCUAUGUGAUCCUCAAAGCCCCCAAGAUGAAAACAGUCACCAAUAUGUUCAUCCUGAACUUGGCCAUCGCUGAUGAUCUGUUCACUUUAGUGCUACCGAUCAACAUAGCCGAACACCUGCUGCACUACUGGCCUUUUGGUGAGAUUUUGUGCAAAGUCAUCCUGAGCAUAGACCACUACAACAUCUUCUCCAGUAUCUAUUUCCUUACAGUUAUGAGCAUUGACCGCUUCCUGGUCGUUUUGGCCACGGUGAGGUCCAAGCGCAUGCCUUACCGCACCUACCGAGCAGCCAAAAUCAUCUCAUUAUGUGUCUGGAUACUUGUUAUCCUCAUCGUCAUGCCUUUCACUGUUUUUGCUGGCGUCUUCGUGAACCCGAGUGAUGGGAGGAAGAGCUGUGUGCUCAGCUUCCCGAGCCCCGAGAGUUCGUGGUUCAAAGCGAGCCGGAUCUACACGCUCAUCCUGGGCUUUGCCAUUCCUGUCUCAACCAUCUGUAUCUUAUACACCAUGAUGCUCUACAAGCUGAGGAACAUGCGGCUCAACAGCAAUGCCAAGGCUCUGGACAAGGCCAAGAAAAAAGUCACCAUCAUGGUGUUUAUCGUCUUGGCCGUCUGCUUGUUCUGCUGGACGCCGUUCCACCUCAGCACCAUUGUGGCUCUGACGACGGACCUGAGGACCACACCGCUUCUAAUCGGGAUCUCCUAUUUCAUAACCAGCCUGAGCUACGCCAACUCCUGCCUCAACCCAUUCCUCUAUGCCUUCCUGGAUGACAGCUUCAGGAAAGCCUUCAAGAAAAUGUUGGAAUGUAGACCGGCCUGA